AUGUACCAAGAGCAUUACAAUGCCCUCUUCUCCAUGGACUUUAUGGAUACCAAGUACCCACAUGUUGACACAAUGAAGGCCCUUGUAAUCUUUGAAGAUGUGGAGCUAGUUCUCAAGGACAUGCACUUGGCCAAGCUCUUCUCUUAUCACAUGGAAUCCUACAAGGAGCUCACUUGCGAAUUCCUAGCUUCAGUGAGGUACCACAUGUACGAAGAGGAAGAUAGAGCUGAUUUGGACCAAGGAUUGGGAUGGAUCACGUUCUUGGCUAAGGGAGAGAAGAGAAGGUCUAAGGCUGCUCAAAUCAGGAGCCCAGUGUUGAGGUAUGUGCACAACGCACUUGCCAACACCUUCUUUGCAAAGAAGGCGACCGGGAUCAUUAACGAGGGGGAACUCAAGUUUCUUGACAUGGGAAUCAAGCCCAUUCUCUCACGCACAAGUGAUGGCAAGAGGAUCAGGGGAGAUAGAUCCAACACAGGAAACUUGAUGCCUUUCCUUGACCAUCUCCUCACCUACAAGACCACAGCCUACAACACUAGACAUCAACGAGGGAGGUGCCUAAGUGUUGGAGGGCUCAUCACUCCUAUCUUGUGUGCUGCUGGAGUGAACCCAACUGAUAAGAGUGCCACUGAACGAGGAUGGAUGGACAUCAAGUUUUGCAAGACAAACCUUCUCAUUGAGCACAAGGAGUUGGAUGGGAAGUUCCAAUUCAAGUUCACACAUCCAUUGGCUGGCCCUUCCAAGCUCCUCCUGCCUAACCCAGAGCUCACCACAGUAGUCAGGGGUGAGAACAUUGAUUUCAGACCCCCUUUGUAUACACUAGUUGGGCAUGAGGACGAUUUGCGAGAAGAGGAGCCUGAGCUCGAUUGA